GAAUGCGUCAACACCAUGUUGUAGUUCAUCACCAAUAUGAUUCUAGGCAUCCUUACCCUCCUGGACAUCAGCCCUAUGGCGGAGCAUACUACGGCCCAGAAGGUGGCAGCUACACAUACUCCCCAAACUCUGGCAGACGUAUCCCUCUCCAAACUGAGGCGGAAGACUACGCUGCUAGACAAGGAAGAAGCCCUCAUAGACGAUACUACGAUGAUGGAGGUUCUAGAUACUAAAGAGGGAAAAGGAUGAAGAGAAAAUAAAGAAUAAAAAUAAAAAAAGAAUUUUGUCACUUUAAAAAAUACAAAAAUUUAUGCCAAAAAUCUACAAAAAUUUUAACGCAUUUUAUAACAAUUUUUACAAUAUUUUUUAUAGUCAAUUUACAAAUUUAUCUCAAAGGAAAAUGUUUAACUCUGCCAGAAACUUAUUUUUGUAUAAACAAAAUAAAUUUUUCAACGAUUUCCGGUUUUUUGUCUUU